AUGACUCCUCCUGAGAGCGCAUUGUCUUGUCUUGCCGCAAGUGUUCUCGCGUGGAUCAUCUGGGCAAAGCUCCUCAAGUCCCAUCUGUCACCCUUGCGACAGCUCCGAGGGCCGCCGACCCCCAGCUGGUUCUACGGCCAUGUCCACCAGAUGACCCACGCGCACAGCGUCCCUCUCAUGCAAACAUGGCUUUCCCAGUUUGGGCCGAACAUCUUGACCAGGUGGAUGCUUAUGGAACCUGCUCUGUGGACGGCAGACCCUCGCGCGCUGGAACACAUCCUCCACUCUCCCAAUUACGUCAAGCCUUGGGAGGCUAGGGUCUCCGCUUCGCGCAUCAUCGGCAACGGAAUCAUCCUCGCUGAGGGCCAUGACCAUCGAAAACAGAACCCGGCCUUUGGACCGAUUCAGAUCCAGGCAUUUACGGAAAUAUUUUUAGAGAAAGCCAAAGAACUUCGCGAUAUAUGGUCGUCUCGUGCAUCAUCCAGCGGAGAGCCGGUAACAGUCAACGUGGUCGACUGGCUCGAGCGCACCACUCUGGACGCGAUAGCUGAGACGGGCUUCGGACUCCAUCUUGAUUCCUUGAAUAUGCGCGAGACACCCAAUGCGUUACAGCAAGCGUUUCAUGAUAUUCUGAGCGUCCCCCCUGAGGUGUCCAUUUUCCGACUGCUUAUGGACAUGGUACCUCAGCUCGAUUUCUUUCCUGACGAGCGGACAAGAUCCAUAAACAAUGCGCGCCGCAUGAUUCGUGACAUGGGUCUGCGGUUGGUUGAAGAGAAGAGGCGCGAACUGUCGUUCAAAACCGACGACACGCGAUCUCCCCAACCCGGUCGUGACCUGAUCACCUUGCUUCUCCAAGCGAACAUGGAUCCUGACCUCCCCGAGGAUCGGCGCUUGAACGAAGAAGAGAUUUUAUCGCAAAUACCGAGCUUCCUCGUCGCUGGCCACGAAAGCUCCAGCAUGGCCGCGACCUGGUGCUUGUUCGCUCUCGCGCAAAACCCUACGGUCCAAACCACGCUGCGCAAAGAACUUCUCGCGAUCCCCUCCGACACGCCUCCCCACUCCGACCUGCUACGUCUCCCGUACCUCGACAGCGUCGUGCGCGAGACCCUCCGCCUCCACGCCCCCGUCGUCUUCACCCUCCGCGCGGCCCUCGCGGACGACAUCGUGCCCACGAGCGCUCCGUUCACGGACUGCCACGGGACGACGCGCCACGAGAUCAAGAUCGCGCGAGGCAACCGCGUCGUGCUCCCCUUCCUGCUCGUCAACCAGUCGAAGGCGCUCUGGGGCGACGACGCGCUGGAGUUCAAACCGGAGCGGUGGACCGCCCUCCCAGAGGCCGCGUCGAAGCUCCCGGGGCUGUGGAGCAACCUGCUCACGUUCUCCUCCGGGCCUCGCUCAUGUAUGGGCUACCGGUUCGCGAUAUCCGAGCUGAAGGCGCUCGUCUUCACGCUCGUGCGCGCGUUCGAGUUCGAGCUCGCCGUGGACCCCGCCCAAGUCACGCGGGUCGGGAUGCUGGUGCAGCGGCCUGCGAUCGUCGGGGAGCUGGAGAAGGGUGCGCAGCUGCCCAUGCGGGUCCAGCCUUUCAGGCGCGACGAUUAG